GCCGUGACAAACAAAAUUCCUACUCAUUCCUCGAUUGCUGUUUUCAAUCAUUUGGUGCGUUGUUGUAAAAGGUAAAUUGUGGCUUCUUUUACAAUUUAUCUCAUCAGCUGUAAAGAAAUGUAUCCUAUGGGAGAUAACGCUAUGGCCGGUCCGUUCUGGAGCAAUGGUCCCGCUCCGGGUGCUUUCUAUAACUUCCCGGGUAGUUCGGUCAACAAUAGCGCAAUGCAAGCUCCACGUUCAGACACUCCCGGUGAAUUUGGCACACAGCGAUCGUAUUACCCAGUAACGACCGGCACAUCCGUGGUCGGUUUAAUGUUCAAGGAUGGUGUGAUCAUUGCGGCCGAUAAGCUUAUUUCGUACGGAUCGCUCGCUCGCUUCCACGAUGUGGACCGUGUGUAUCGUAUAAACGAUAAGACCGUACUCGGUAUCGGUGGAGACUUCGCCGACUUUCAGUACAUCAAACGACACAUCGAUCAGAAGGUUAUCGACGAUCAGUGUCUGGAUGAUAAGAACGAAAUGAAGCCACGUUCGUUCUACAACUGGCUCACCCGGGUGAUGUACAACCGUCGGUCCGAUUUCCAACCGCUCUACCUCGAUCUCGUUAUUGGCGGUAUGCAGGAUGGAGAACCUUUCUUGGGACACGUGAAUCUGCGUGGUCGUUCGUACACCAGCAAUGUUGUUGCUACAGGGUACGGCACGCAUUUGGCACUGCCACUUUUGCGCGAAUACUCGGAAAAUCCGGCAGCCUACCAACACCUCGGUCAGCCCCAGGCGAACGAACUGAUGAAGCGCGUGAUGGAGGUGUUAUGGUAUCGUGAUUGCCGCAGCGAUCCGAAAUAUUCGCAGGCCAUCUGCACUGCUAGCGGGGUGCAACUGGAUGUCGAUUGUUUCGUCGCACAGAACUGGGAUCUGGCCCACACGAUCAAGGGGUACUGA